GAUUGACCAGCUUGAAGAGCGCUGCAGCGCAUAUCAGUGCAAUUCAAAGGGCAUCAACAGACAACCUAGAGRCUGUUUUGAUCUCGGCAUUUUCACGAUCUUUUCAUUAUUUUUAGGUCUAUUGAACUUGACUACACCUGUUUCCGAAUAGGAAGUCAUCUCAAAUUGAAAGGAUAGCAAACAAGACUUGGUGUUCAGGACAGUGCUUUAGUACAAAAGGCUUCCACAAGAGGUGAAGAGACACACGGCUUACUAGCAAGAGCAUUUCCCUCGUUGCAGUGUAUUUGUGCACGAUCAUAUCGUYACAUGGCUCUUAACGCUUCCAAUCAGACAGGCUUUGCGCAAAGCUCCUGCUUUAUUGUGAAAUGCCAAUUCAGCGAGGGCGAAAGAAUAGGUAUUGCCAUCGCCUACUUUGGAAUUUUUGUGGUGUCCCUGGCUGGUAAUUUCACCGUUUGCUGCACGAUUGUGAAAUCCAAAAAGCUUGGCAAGAGCUGCACAAARUUCUCCAUUCUGAACCUAAGUAUUGCUGACUUGUUCAUUACCAURUUUUCGAUUCCCCUGCAAACUAUCGACAUGUAUCUUUUAGGGAGCUGGAUUUUUGGAUUAUUUACGUGUAGGCUCGUUCAUUUUUUACAAAACGCAGCUAUGGUGGCUACCAUUCUUAUUCUAUUAACCAUAAGCAUUGAAAAGUUUCUGGUCGUCUGCUUUCCGUUCCAGUCUCGAGUGUAUCGGGAUUCCUUUCGUUACGCAGUUUACGUGAUGUGGUUGAUUGCAAUCGUGGACUCAGCUGCGGUGUCAACUCUGAAAGAUAUCAGGGCAUCGGGCGAACAAUAUUAUUGCGUAUUUGCAUGGCCAAGUUCGUCAUUCAAGAAAUCAUACCUGGUUGGACAUGGAACGGUAUUCUUCUUUSUGCCUUUACUACUAAUGACUUGUCUUCACUGCGCAACUAUUGUAGCCAUCCAAAAAAAGACCAUUCAUCGAGCAGAAGGCAGCKAAACAGCCAUCCGUAUGAACAUACGUAAACUGAAACGUAGACGCAAGGCCGUUACGAUUCUUGUUGUGAUUGUCCUUCUCUUCACCAUCUCUUGGGGGCCACUUCUUUCCGUUGCAAUGUGGGAGGCUUUUGCAAAUAUUGAAGUCGUUUUGAAAUACAUCAAAGUGCUAAAUCAAUUGUAUGUUGUGUCUAUGUURCUGGUUUUUUUGACAUCGGCGUUGCAUCCUGUCAUAUACUGCUUUCUUGGGAAGCAGUACKGAAGAGCUAUGCGACACUCCAUGUUGAGAAAAAAGACCAAUACCUCGAAUACCAGGUUCUCGCCCAAAGAGAAUCAACCUGCAGCAAUUCCUUUAAGGAAUAUGGACUUAAAUUAGCCUACACCAGCACAACUAACGGGAUAAGAAAGAAGGGAAAGGGAUAGAUGGAUUAAUUUGAUAUAAAGAAUGGAUGUAAAGCAACUAAAGUAAAAAUCCAUCCAAAGGAAGAACGAAAACUGCGAAUCACAAAAUAUAAUACACACACAAAGAUAAAUGAUUCCAAUUUAUGAAUAACGAGAAAAAAAUGGAUAACUGAACGAAAUAAGAAAAUAUGAAUUCCACAUACGUCGCGCCGCGGAAAAGAUUUAUUGAGAUCUAAAAAUAAACUCCAAGUUAAGGGAAGUGAACGAAAAACAAUCAAGACUAGAAAACGAUUAAYCGAGAGAAGUGCAAAAAUCGACCGGAUCUCAAGCUGAUAUGUUUAAGUAAGACAGAAGGACACUCAAAUCAUUCACUUUUCAUUCAAGGUUGCAUUGAUUACAAAACGUUUGAGGAAAAUUAUCAGUGAAAGCAUUUACCAUAUAACAUUACUGCUUUCAUACGAAACUUUCUAUAAUGUGUCAGAUUUGAAUGUCAGCCGUCAUGCAGCUCUACAAAUGAGUUCGACAAGACACGAAAGACUAGCGCGUGCCCUAGGGGGGCUUCAAAUUACUCAUUUCCACUUGUAAGCAUAACACUGCCUUUGCAUUGAAUUGAGCUCGCGCAGAAUGCUCAUUGAACUAGCUGACAUUGCAAAGCAAAGCAACGCAAAACAAAAACAAUACCACAUUGGUAAUAAAUUAUUGAAAGCAAUAAKUGCGAAUUUCUGUAUAAAAGAAAGAUUUUGAAUGAUAACAGCUUCUUUCUAUCAACAAAUUGAAGUUCGGCCUCCCAUCGAUGCGUUUUCAGGCGUUUUGCCGACAUUGUUCUUUCUUAUCAUUAAGAACAAUACGAACAGUAAAAAAUCGCGCUGGUGAAGAGUCAUAAAAACACUGAUAUGGAACUCGUAAUUAAUGAAAAUAGCUUAACAUGUUAGCUUUCAAUAUUUAGUUUUCAAAAAUUGUGCGUCGCACAAUUGAUUGGUCGGAUUUGAAGCCAUUGUGCUUUUAUUGCGGUAGCUUUGAAACGUAAUAUUGAAAGUUAGUACGCUUUUAUUGAAAAUCUAUAUCACCGUCAGAUCGACAAAAAAAUAGGUAAUUCUUUUAAAGGAAAUAAAUUCUAAGUGCAUAGUGACUCUAGAYRCAUGUCCGUGUAUGUUGCCUUCAAAGCCUUAAGCUUGAGCAUCAAUAUUUUAUCUUGAAAACAAAAACAAACAAAAAAAGAAAAACGUUUGAAAUUCAUUUGGUUUAUCAUAUAUUUAGUUAAAAAAAUUUUCCGGGAGUGUCAAUUCAUUUUAUUCACCCUGUCCUUGUAUAUUUAACAGUCAUGAUUUUUUUAAAAGACUCAAUAACAUUAGUCCACCGRCCUUUGUGGUCAUUUUCAACCCUUUUUAAUUCAAAAAGCAAAUGCUACAAACGACCAAGAAAAAAAACCACCAAAAUGCAGUCAAUUAUCGCCCAUUUUAAUCUAAAAGUUCAUGUGAUGAAAUAUACAUUGUUUCAAUGUUUAACUGACUUUUCCUUUGAGGUAUAUUAAUUUAUAAUUACACUAAAAAAAUUCCAAAACAUGACACAUUUUGGCAGCUAGAGCAGAAAGAUUAAAACCUCUCGAGUAGAAGAGAACGUUUAAUGUUGCUACGCAACAGUGACGUCAUGGCUAUAUUGUUUUUCUUCUCUUGAUAAAUAGCAGUAUGUUCUUGCUGCUUAAUAAAGUAAUAUUGUGAUUAUUACGAAAAAAUAGGGACAUGGCGGUAGAAAUUCAAUCAGAGUUAACUAUAGUGCACACUGUGCAAAUUCAAGCGGACAUUUUGUCUUACUAGAAAACAGACUCUGUUCUUAUCUUUAGCGGCCUAGAAUUGUAAUCAUAGAUUUUAGUAUUUUUGACUUUGACAUGUUUGCCUAGAAACAAUUUAAUAAAGUUCUGCUUCUAUAAAUUGUAGCAUUUAACUUUAAAAAAGAUCAAUAAAAACUGAUCGGAUGCAUGUGCGUCACCUGUUAUGUAAAACAAUUUAAACAAAGAAAGUGCGGAUUUAAACAGUGAUAAACCAACUGYGAGUUUAAAUUUUGACAACAAACGUAUACUUUUAUGAGGUGUCGUAUGCUGUGGUUGUUUUCGCAGUGUUUUUUUCAAAGAUAUUUUUCAAUCUCAUGAAGGAAAAAGACCAAAAAAGAAAAAAAAAUAGAGCAGUUUUAUGAAUCUGCGCUCUUUGGAAACCGAACUCUAUUUCUAUAAGACUUCUUCCUUAAUUCGUAACAUUUCAGUAUUGCUGUUCAGUCUUGAGAGGAAGGAAUAUUAGAAAAACACUGCAAACGACGGAAAAUAAUUCGGUCAAAUAAAGGCGCAUAUUAGAGCGCAAAAAGGGCGCAAACACCGCAACUCAGAUUAACCUUCAUAGAUAUUGUUUUAUCGAAUACCUUUGAUUAAUUAUUGUACUUAAUCAAUACCAAUUAAUUUUCCUGUACAUUAAGAGAUGUAGUAAUGGAUGACGUUGGCGUGUAUGUUAUGAUCAUUAAAUAACUAUCUAUUUUGAGCUUAGUAUUACUUUUAAUAAAGG